AGCAGCACAGUCGUGUUUUAGAGUUCGUUGAGAUCGCAUCGUCGCGCUCGAAAAGAUACCAAAAGUCAUUAAGCAAAGUUUAUUCUUGAAAUUGUUUAAAACAAUUCUCUAGCAUUGUGUAUUAUUGAUAUAAUCUUUUAAUAUCGCAAUAUUAUAACGAUGAGUUCGGAAAACAAGAAAAGUGAAGUUGAGGUUGAAAAUGUUGCCGCCGCCGACGAGAAAGCAGAGCCCAAGGAAUUAAAAGGAGUCAAACGGCCCGCCGAUGAGAAAAACGCUGAAUCGAAAAAAGUGAAGAAAGAUGAAAAUGGCGCGGGAGAGGAAGAAGAAGAUGUAGAGGAUGAGGGUGAGGAGGUAGAGGGAGAAGAUGAAGAGUACGACCUUCCCUAUGGUGAAGAAGAGGACAUAGAAGCUGAAGACGAAGAGGAAGAAGAAGGCGAUGAGGUCGAUGGCGAGGAAGAGGAUGAGGAUGCGUAAUAAUGAGAUACUGAGUAAGAGUGAGACUAAGUAAAAUAGACAUAGGUGAUUUAUUAUUUCGAUUUGCGUUCAAUCUGCAAAUAAUAAGCAUAUGCAACCAUGAACAUUGUGAAAUUUGUUUGUGUAUAUAUUUUAAAACAACAAAGGAAAUCCUACCAUAGACCACAAAUACAUCCAGGUAUAAGUUUUCUGAUUUAAAUUCUAAUAAAUCCAAGAUUGCCCUACAUCAACAAGUUAGUCAACAGCAACAAAUUGUGAGGUCACUUGUAGAUGAGCCAGUGAAACAUUAUUGAUGCAAAGGAAAUAAUAAUUAAACAGCAUGGAUUUAUAUAUGCAUACUUCAUUCAACUCUUUCAGUUUGAAUCAUGUGGUCAGAAAUGUUAUCGAAAUUGUCAAGUUAUUCAAAAAUCAAUUGUGUAAAACUCGAGAGUACCGCGUCCAUUGUGCAGCAUUCAAAUAUACAUUGAGAAAGCUUUAACAUUAUAAGUACACAUGUAUAAGCUCACGAAAGUAGCAAAUUCGAUCUGCAAACAAAAAUUUAACUAUAAAUUUCAAAACAGCUGUGCUUAAUUUAUUGUGCUGAAGCGCUAUUAGCGGGAAAGUUUGCAAGGCUUCUAUAUUUAUUUUAGUUCUGUACCUUUAAUUACAACUUAAUAUAAUUUGUAUGAUAAUUGUUAGAAUAAAACAAGCCAGUCCAUAAUCAUUUCGAGAGAAAAAAGGCAAUGUCGAGAUGUUUGGCUAUUUGUAGUGAGUAAUUAUGCAACAAUCUACCCGGUACCCGUUCAUGCUAGAAUAUGAAUGCUUAACUGAUAAAUUGCAUGGAGAUCACGGAAUCAAAACAAUGAUAUAAAUCGACCACAUUACGCAUUUUGUCGCAGGUCUAUUAGCUUUUUAAAAAUAUCAUUUUCAUAUUUAAGUUUCCAUGUCUGUGCAGUAGUUUUGUUUCCAUAAAAAAAAUAAAAAUAAGUAAGUUACACUGAGCAAUUGAUUUGAGACAACAGAACGAAUUAUCACGAGACACAAGUGAACAACAGUAUGCAUUCUCCCAUGUAUUACAGAAAUAAACAACAUGUGUUUUUAAA